UCAUUUUCGGCUUACACGUAUUUGGUCACGUGAUCUUUCCUUCAAAAGAGACACUUCCGUCUACACUGCCGGCAGGACAAGCACAAUAAGUUUUAGCUAAGUUUGUGACUGAAAAUUUAAUUGAAUAAGGGGUAAACCCCUAUUAACAAGAUGGGAAUCAAAUUUUUAGAGUUUAUCAAGCCAUUCUGUGCAGUGCUGCCAGAAAUCGCUAAACCAGACAGAAAGAUCCAGUUCAGAGAGAAAGUAUUAUGGACAGCUAUAACUUUAUUUAUUUUCCUGGUAUGUUGUCAGAUACCGUUGUUUGGUAUCAUGUCCUCGGACUCAGCAGAUCCUUUCUACUGGCAGAGAGUUAUCCUUGCUUCAAGUAGAGGAACAUUGAUGGAGCUUGGUAUCUCUCCUAUCGUAACAUCAGGGCUUAUCAUGCAGUUGCUUGCUGGUGCUAAAAUUAUUGAAGUUGGCGAUACCCCAAAAGACAGAGCUCUCUUCAAUGGUGCACAGAAAUUGUUUGGUAUGGUGAUCACAGUUGGUCAGUCUAUUGUAUAUGUGAUGACUGGCAUGUAUGGAGACCCAGCAGAGGUUGGAGCUGGUGUCUGUCUUCUCAUCAUCAUUCAGUUGUUUGUGGCAGGAUUGAUCGUGUUGCUGUUAGAUGAACUGUUACAAAAAGGUUACGGUCUAGGCUCUGGUAUCUCACUGUUUAUAGCUACAAACAUCUGUGAGACCAUUGUCUGGAAAGCAUUUAGUCCUGCAACAGUUAACACAGGAAGAGGAACGGAGUUCGAAGGAGCCAUCAUAGCAUUGUUCCAUCUGUUGGCAACCAAGCAAGACAAGGUCCGAGGUUUAAGAGAGGCUUUCUACAGACAGAACCUGCCCAACUUGAUGAACCUUCUUGCUACAGUGUUUGUGUUUGGGGUCGUCAUAUACUUCCAGGGAUUCCGUGUGGAUCUUCCAAUCAAAUCAGCUCGCUACCGUGGACAGUACAGCUCGUACCCUAUCAAACUGUUCUAUACAUCAAACAUACCAAUUAUUCUACAGAGUGCACUUGUCUCAAACUUAUACGUUAUUUCACAGAUGUUAGCCACAAAAUUCCAUGGAAAUUUCUUCAUAAACUUGUUAGGAGUUUGGGCUGAUGUAAACAGUGGAGGCCCAGCAAGAUCUUACCCUGUUGGUGGUCUUUGUUACUAUUUGUCACCUCCGGAAACGUUAGGACAUGUAGCAGAAGAUCCUAUACACGCUGUACUCUAUAUCAUAUUUAUGUUGGGAUCUUGUGCAUUCUUCUCAAAGACCUGGAUUGAAGUGUCCGGUUCCAGUGCAAAGGAUGUAGCAAAACAGCUCAAAGAUCAGCAGAUGGUGAUGAGGGGUCACAGAGAAACCUCAAUGAUCAAAGAGUUGAAUCGUUAUAUCCCUACUGCUGCAGCUUUUGGUGGUCUUUGUAUAGGAGCUCUCUCUGUCAUGGCUGACUUUAUGGGUGCUAUUGGCAGUGGUACAGGAAUUUUACUGGCUGUAACCAUCAUCUACCAAUACUUCGAAAUCUUUGUGAAAGAACAGAGUGAAAUGGGAGGAAUGAGCACCCUUCUCUUUUAAACAUGACAGUUGUAGAAAAUAUGUGCAGUAUACAUGCGGAAAUUGUGUAGAAAUUGCAGAUGUUUGUGUAUCUGAGGAAUAUGUCUUCAUCUUGAAAAGGCUUGGCUGGUUGUUAGAAAAAAUGUUUUACAGAAUGGUGUUGAUAAGGUUGUCGGUGUAUGAAUUAAUGCCAGUGUUUUCAUUACUCUAUAAAUUUUUGGUUAUUUCUCAUUAUAUGCAUCUAUAAAUAGACCAUUUUGUCCUUGUAUCCACAUUGAGCAUGUAAAAUACUGUACAACGUUUCUUCAGUAUAUUCAACUACAUGGUGUAAGUUUGCAUUUCUCUACAAUAAGGACUGAAUUAAAAGUGAUUUAGCAGAAAUUUGAGUCCACAAUGGAGGGUUAACCGGGCAAAUGAAUAUUUUGCCGAAUAACUUUGGAGAUUCCUUUUAAUGGGAGUAGCUGCAAAAUUAAAUUGUACUGAUAAAUCUAUGGUAAUGAAAUCAUUUAUGUUGAUUGGCAGAAUGGAUGUUUAUGUCACAAUUUCCAGCAUCAUUUACACACACUCAUGAAUGUUUUAAAUUGAGAAUUAGAGUAUAUGUAUAUAUGAAUUUAUUAUGAAAGACAGCUAAUUGCCAAAUGUAAUGAAUUGAAUUUACACUGUUCAGAAAUUUUUAAGAAUAUAUUCACUUUGAAACCACCUCAGAAUGCGAAAUGACUAUUUAUUGCCAUUGUUAAAACACAUUUAGAUUGUCAAGAAAACUUUAUGAAGAUGUUUUCAUUCCAUUUAUUUGUGCUAUUUAUUUUCCUAAUGUUUAUGACAAGGAAGUACCUAUAUUGAUUUGAAUCAAAAGUGUGACAAAUGUAGGCUGAUCAUGAAGAUCACAGAAAAUUCAUUGUGAAUUUGCUAUCACAAGAUAAAUCUAGUCAACAUUUCUUAAAUGGUUACAGAUUUUAUCUUUUAUCAAGUGUUUGACAAGUAUUAAGUCAUAAAUUUUCGCAACUGUUGACAUUUUACCCCAAAUCCAAAUUAAGAGGAAAUACUGCUUUUUAAAUGGCCCUUAGCAGUCUUUGAAGUCGGUAAUACAUUCAAAAACUCAUUGACAGAUCUGGUUCACAAUCAUUGUUUUCCUGUCAUGAAACCCCUUUUAGUCCCUAAGGGGCACUGUCGAAUUUGACAGGUUAAAUUGAUCUUUGGUCAUUUAUAGUAGUCAGUAGGUUUAGAUGUUUAUCAAGAGAUAGUUGAAAAGAUGAAACAGAUAUAUUUAUUAGAAUGUGUUUAUCUGUUAACAGCAGUUCAGUAAAUGUUUCGUGUAUAGGUAAAUGUUUUAUCGUGUAAUAAAGUCCUGAAAAUGGUACUGGUUUUAUACAAUAUUAGUGAAAAAAAAUUAAAUAAAAUUGUUAAAAUAAA